CGGCAGCGGCGCGACAGUUGCCGGCCGGGGGGGGCUUUUACGGCAGCGGGCGGCGGGCGGGCGGAGGCGCUGCUGGCGGAGCCCGGUCCGGCCCGGCCCGGCCAUGCUGCUCACCGUGUUCUGCCUGCGCCGGGACCGCUCCGAGCUCACCUUCUCCCUGCAGGUGGACGCCGACUUCGAGCUGCAGAACUUCCGGGCGCUCUGCGAGCUGGAGUCCGGCAUCCCCGCGGCCGAGAGCCAGAUUGUCUAUGCAGAGAGGCCUCUAACUGACAACCAUAGAUCAUUAGCCUCGUAUGGCUUGAAAGAUGGGGAUGUGGUGAUUUUACGGCAAAAAGAGAAUGUGGAGCCACGGCCUCCAGUCCAGUUUCCAGGUCUGCCCAGGAUAGACUUCAGCAGCAUUACAGUGCCUGGGACGUCAGCCCAGCCGCAGCAUCAGCAACCAGCGCAGCAUCCUCGCCCAUCACCUCCGGGUACACCACCUUCCCCUCAGGGCUUGGACAAUCCAGCUCUAUUACGGGACAUGUUGCUUGCCAAUCCCCACGAGCUGUCCCUGCUGAAAGAACGCAAUCCACCCCUGGCUGAGGCACUGCUCAGUGGAGACCUUGAGAAAUUUACCAGGGUGCUGGUGGAGCAGCAACAGGACCGAGCCCGCCGGGAGCAGGAGAGAAUCCGACUGUUUUCAGCUGACCCUUUUGAUCUUGAGGCUCAGGCAAAGAUAGAAGAGGACAUAAGGCAACAAAAUAUUGAAGAGAACAUGACAAUAGCUAUGGAAGAGGCCCCAGAGAGCUUUGGCCAGGUGGUGAUGCUCUAUAUUAACUGCAAAGUCAAUGGACAUCCAGUGAAAGCCUUUGUUGAUUCAGGUGCCCAAAUGACCAUUAUGAGCCAAGCUUGUGCUGAAAGGUGUAACAUAAUGAGACUGGUGGACCGGCGCUGGGCAGGCAUUGCUAAGGGUGUGGGCACGCAGAAAAUCAUUGGCAGAGUGCACUUAACUCAGGUUCAGAUUGAAGGGGAUUUUCUGCCAUGUUCUUUCUCUAUCCUUGAAGAACAGCCCAUGGAUAUGCUUCUAGGACUGGAUAUGCUUAAGAGACAUCAGUGUUCCAUUGAUCUCAAAAAGAAUGUACUAGUGAUUGGCACCACUGGAUCUCAGACAACUUUCCUUCCGGAAGGGGAGCUCCCAGAGUGUGCAAGACUGGCAUAUGGGCCAGGGCGGGAGGACAUGCGGCCGGAGGAGAUUGCAGACCAAGAACUGGCAGAAGCUCUACAGAAAUCUGUAGAGGAAGCAGGCCUCGCUGCUCCCCCUGCAAAAGACUGUGAAAAUGUGGAAGGCUGGAUGAUUUACAGAAAUGUUUUUUGUUAAAAUCACAAUUCGACAAAAUUGUUGCCAUAGUUACAUUAAGACCAGAUGUGCAACCAGUAGAACAGGAGUGGCCCAAUGUAUCCUCUCUUGAGACUCCACGUCCCAGCUUGAUCUAAAUGGAAAAUAAUGGAAACAGGUACUCAAGGAGACAAAAACAGACUUCUUACAGGACAGGCGUAAUAAACUUUCAGGCAAAUCCCAGGUGCACACAUGAGCGUGUUCAGUCAGCAGAAUGCAGUCCAAUUAUAUAUUUAAAAGGAGGAAGACUUUUUGAAGAUUUAAAUGAAGGAAAGCAAUUCAGUGUGUCUUAAUUACUUCAGUUGUCCUGCUGGUCCUGUUAAAGGCCACUGAGUUUUGGAACCUGUGCACAGGGAGAGACAGAUGACGACAAACCAGGCAGCGCAGCUGGAAGUUUUGGAUAGCUGAUUGGAAAUAGGAAACUUGGACAGAGAUCCUAAUGUGAUCUAGUGUAGGGACACUCACUGUCACACUGAAGGUCAUGCUGGAAAUUUGACAAGAGCCUGAGAGCUGAUACGUUUACCCAGAAUCUUAGCAAAAAUAAAUGAAUGCAACUUGUUGGUAAUACAUCUUUCUUGAUAAAUAGAAAUUAUUGUCUGAGAUUACUAAUAACCAAAUCCACAGUUGUGAGACAUCCUCCCCUCUGUGCAAAGAAGGCUGCUGUUAGUCAUGUUUCACCCUUGGCUACAUCUGUUUAGUCACUGUGGUGUUCUGAAAAAGUAUUGCUGGCUCAGACUGCACACUUCUCUGGUGCCUUUCACCCAAGGAUCUUAAAUCUUAUAACCUUCAGGCCACGCACCCAUUGUGAGGCUGUUAUUAUCCCCAUAUGUAAAAUGGGGAUACAGGUACAUACUGGGUAAGUGAUGUACCCAGGGGCACAGAGCAAGUUACUGACAACUGGCAGCAGACUCCAGGAACUGUUGCACUGUCCCCAGCUCCAACUUCUCUGAAAUGUGCCUGCUGUGUAUUUUCAGAAGUGCACAGUGAGCUAGCAUGCCCUUAAACAUGCCUUGUGCUGUGUAUUUUUAUCGAAUACAUAGCUUCUCCUGCACUCCGUACUGAUCAAAUGAUGGUACGGUAAAAUCUUUAACUUGAUUGAAGAGCAGUUCCUUUUUGACUCAACAUGGCAAAGUGCCUAAACAGACUCUUGUAUCGAACUGGCCAGCCGAACUUCUGGAAGGCAGUGACCACAAGGAGCUCCCUUGUUCAGAACCGUAUAUUGGAAGAAGCUGGGGGAGGGGAGAGAGAGAGAGGUCACAGACUAUAACCAUGCAUGUUGUGUGCUUUGAAUUGCUAAUACAAGUUUGGUGUGUUGUGUUUCCUAAUCCAAACAGAACAUCAGAAGCCUUGAUGCAUGUAGUGUGUGUGUACUGCAGCUGGAGUGGGCCACAGACCAGGUAUUUAUAGCUACCCAUUUAUGAGCUUUCGCUACAACUUUCACACUGCCAGCAGCAGGGCUAACCUUGCUUUAAACAGUAUUGUGGAGAAACCUAUGUGAUGUGAAAUUGACAGCUCAUUCCUUUCAGAGGAUGAAAACAUUCCACCUCUAAAUGUAACAAACCUGUAGUGUGUUCUUUUUCCUCAUUUAAACAUUUAUUUAAACCAUUUGUUCAUGGAAAGGAGGGGCUAAUAGGUGUAUGAGCUUUCCUGCACUACUUUCCUAAUGCACCCAUUUCUUACCCACAGCACCUGUGGUGCAUAAACCUGAAACUCUUGUGCAAAGAUAGCUAGUCACAUUGAACAGCGUGGUGACUUUGCAAUGUAACAAACAAGAACUAGAAGGACACCAUCACACUGAUAUUUAUGGGUGUCCUCAGCUAAGAUUCAAACACAGGUUUCCUGAGGUGAAAGGCCACUGCAUGGUCAUAUCUGUAUUAAUUUUGGAUUUUUAAAGCAAGAAAUUAAUUUGGUGUUGACAGCAAGUCAGGUUACCAAUAUACAGCCAUAGGCCACUCAUUGGUUGGGCUUAUCUGACAACAGAUAUAAAGAUAUAAAUAAUAUAAAGAAACCUGGUUAACUAUAUGGUUAUGUUAAGCUUCCUAACUGAAAGGCUACAACUUCAGCUUGUAAUGGCUGCGUGUGCGGAGUUUAACAAACAAGCCGUGACCAUGUUAUAGCAAUUGAUUUUUUUUUUUUUAAAAGGGCCAGCAGUACCUAAACACUUGCAGUAAGUUUAUUAUGCAAAGCUGUCUGACUAAUUUGAAGUGUCUUGGGCACAACUAGAUCAUAAACAUACUACUUUAUUAUACCUUGAAAACUUGCACUCCCUUGGGAGAACGUUGUUAUUCAGCAUGUUGUAUUUGAAUUGCAUUAUUAAAUGCUAAAUAUCUUUUGUAUUACUAUGUGGCCUUUCUGUACUGUUGCAAGUGUUUCUCAGAGGCCCUUUUGGGUUCUGUAAUUAAAAAGCUUUACAGGUUGCUUAUUUUAUCACCAUGAAAAUAGAUGUUUUGAACUCAUUGACUUUGCUCAGAGGUGAAUUUGCAACCACCUGCCUCCUCCCAUUAUGGCAGACAUCAGUAGCUUGGAACAGAAAAUAAAUGUUAAAUGAAUGAAGACAGAAGCUGUCAAGUAAUUUAGGUCCACAAUUUUUCAACUCUAAAAUUGUUAUAAUCUGAUGGUAAAUGUUUUCUGAACUCUAAAUAUCUUGCUUUUUUAUCCACCACUCUGAGAAAUUAAAACAAAUAAUAAACAGUGGCUUUCUAUUA